UUUAAGUGAUAGGAAAAAGACAACUUCUCUUAUACCUAAUAAAGCUUGUUUGCCCAUGAUGAAUUGAUGAUAUAGACAGAUAGAGAGACAUGGAUACUGCCUAACGUUGUUUAUAUGUUGUUUGAUCAACAUUCGUACUGUUUGAUUACAAUGGUUUCAGCACAAAUCUGUACAAUUCACAAAUUGAUUACGAUUGGAGAUUGGUGGCCUUCAAUCAUAAAAUCGCCAUUGCUCUGUGCUUACAUCCGUAUAUCAUUGUUGAUGCAACACCUCAAUAUCCUUGCCAGCGAGCAACUGUGUGUAUGCUCACAAAUCACAAUCUAAGGUUUUGAAACAAAGCCUUUCACCUGCCUAUCAUUGUCUCCCAUUCCCACACUUGCUCUAUAAAAGCCAUGUCCACCAUAUCAUCAAUGCAUCAAGUGCUCAUUCCCAAUACAAAUUCUAUCAUUUCAAAUCCUUUCCCAAAUAAUCUAAACCUUCAUUUAACAAAACCAAAAUCAUGAAGAUGAUAUCUCUCUUGUCAUUUUCACUAGCACUUCUAGUUUCACUUUUGUAUUCCACCACCACUUUAGCCCAAUUAUCACCAGCGGCCGCCCCUCUCAAACCACCCCAACCUACCCCUACCCCACCAGCUGCGGCUCCUCAACAACCAUUGGUUCCCUCAUUGCCACAAUCACCAAGUGAUGCCACCCCGGACACUGCAGCUGUUGACAUUGUUGGAAUCCUGAGGAAGGCAAAGUCAUUCAACAUCCUAAUCCGCCUCAUGAAAACCACCCAAUUGAUCAACCAACUCAAUGCUCAGCUUCUAACUACUAAAUCAGGCGGCAUAACAAUUCUUUCACCCGAUGACAGUGCUUUCUCAGAACUCAAAGUAGGCUUCCUCAACUCUCUCUCUGAUGGCCAAAAGCUAGAACUCUUGCAAUUCCACGUUCUUUCAGACUAUGUCUCUAGCUCCAACUUUGACACUCUGACGAACCCUGUGAGAACACUUGCAGGGGCUAAACCUGGAAAGGUGGAACUGAAUGUGAUAAGUUACGGAGGGAGUGUGAACAUCUCGACGGGUGAGGUUAACACCACCAUCACUGGCAUUAUAUAUACCGAUAAACAUCUUGCUAUAUAUAAGGUGGGUAAGGUGCUUCUUCCUAUGGACUUCUUUGCUGUUGCUAAGGCACCUGCAAAAGCACCCUCUUUGGCUCCAGAACCUUCAAGUGAUGCGGCAAAGGCACCUAAAGCUGAUAAGGAUGAGUCAUCAUCUUCAGAUGCAUCGCAGGUUAAUCCCACUGAACAGAACUCUGGCAUCGAGAAGAUCAGUGUGUACGGAAUGUGGGUGUCCCUUGUUUUUGGACUGGUUCUCCUGAUUGCAUUUUCAUAGUAAACCAAAAUAAGUUUUGAUGAAUUUACCAACGUUCAAGCCAGUAGUUAAGUUACCAUAUUGUUCAUGUUCAAGAUGUGUUGUUAUGUGUAAUGUGAUUGAGAGAAAGGAGUGAAUACUGUAGUGGUGAAUUUAUCAGACUGGGUUGGGGGAAUCUUGUAUUUGACUGAUUGUUGUGCAUUCCUUUAUAAAUUGAAGUGUUAUGACUUAUGGUUUCGUCAAUAAUUUUUGCAAGCUUUAUGUCUUUCGAAGAA